AAUAUAAAUGUAAAACUUUUUUCUUGAGAACUGCUUUGUGUGCUUAGUUUGUUGUACUUUCCCCACACCUCCGAUUAGGACAGAUUCCUAUAUGUACGGUGCGAAAUAAGUUUAACAUACAUACAUACACACAUACUUGCAAUGCUGUAUUUGUAUUGUGACUUAAGGUAAAUUUGACUGGGGUCUGUAAUCUCAAGUCGGCUAAACUGAUUUGUUCAAUGAUAUACCCACACUAUUCUUGCUCUAAUGGGAGCGGUGGCACAGUGGUUAGUGCACUGCGCUACGAUUCAUGCUCAUUGCCAACAUCAGUAAGGAAUAUCUGAACCGGCGCUGGGCCUCUCCUAUGUCGACUCAGUCUAAAAUGAGUACUAGUUGCGGUGUGUAAACAUGGGCACUUGGUAGACAAAUGCGGCCCGGCGUGGUGCUGGCCACUUACCCCCUUGUGUGCCUUGCCGGUCUAAAUCGGUGCUGCUAAAGACUAUAGAGGGAUAUUUGGCUUUAUUGCGCUGUGAUCCGGAUUUUGUUUAAACAGGUGCUGAGCACGGGCCCCAAAACGUCAAGCGGUCAGCAACAAACAGCACCGUCAGAGUGCUGGCUACGAGGGUAAGGGAACGCAAUGGAGAUGAGCGUGACUCUGCUGGUGAUGGUCGUCCUGAUGGCGGGAGCUGCGUGGAGCCAUAGGACUUCCAUCUUCAACGGCUGCCAGAUAAGAGGAGUCAGAGCUGACUGCUCACGCCUGGGCCUGCACUCUGUGCCUAAAUACCUCCCAGUCACCAUAACCUCUCUGGACAUGUCCUACAACCAGAUCUCUCGCAUUCAUAGAGAGCACCUGUCAGUACUUUCAGGGCUAAAAACACUCAAUGUGGGCUUCAACCAAAUAUCAAGCUUUGACCCCUGGGCUUUCUCAAACAACUCUGCUUUAGAAUACAUUGACCUGAGUAAUAACAGAUUACCAGGGGCAUGGGAUGACUCCUUUGCUGUUCUCAAGUCUGUAAGAUCUCUGGACGUUAGAAACAACUCUUAUAUUUCUUUACAUAUUCCAGGUUCCUUCACAUCUCUCAAGACUCUGUAUCAUCUGAAGGUUGGGGGUCCGAAUGUCACCGAAAUGCACCAAAGUGUCAGCGAGGCAAUGGAACUGGAACAUCUCUCCGUUGUGACUGGAAACCUGACUAUCUACACUAGAGGUUCUCUCUUGGCAUUCCACAGUCUAAAGAGUGUUACUCUGGCCUUAACCAUGCACACAAACAUUGAGCUGCUCACUGACAUAAUCUGUGAUGUCUCCUGUAACAGUGUGGAGUUGCAAUUGGAAUUCCUUAAUUUUACUGAUUACUCUGGUGAUGUAAACCCUUUUAAAUGUAUAUCAAAGCCACAGAGCAUGGUAGAAGUGUUAACUAUAUCACAUACCUACUUCGAAGAAUCUGCUGCCAAAUUUCUGGUAAAUGAAGUCAUAGAAACUACGAAACUAAGAUGUCUGAAUUUACGACACAUUAAAUAUGAAGGCUAUGGUUAUUUUCCUUUAAGGGAUAGUUUAAAGUCUGCUCCAAAUGUACGGCAUAUAUUGAUUGAAAGCUUUACUAUCAAAGGACCUUAUUCGUUUUAUGCACUUCUAAAUCUCCAACCUUUCUUAGUUAACGUUCAAUCACUGGCUUUAAUUUUUGUAAACCUCUAUUACUUACCUUGUGGAAUUUUAAGUGGCCUAACAAAUAUCCUUACCCUUGACAUUUCGGGUAAUUUGUUGACAGAGUAUACUUCAUUCCUGACAUGCUCUGAAGUACGACUACCAAACCUUACGGAACUAAUUCUUAGGAAAAACCAUUUGACUCAUAUCCAUAAUGUCGGUGCCAUGUUAAGAAUUUGUCCCUCUUUGAAACUGCUUGAUGUUUCUGAAAAUCAGAUCGUCAGUGAAUGGAAUUCCAAUUGCAAGUGGCCUUCGAAUUUGCAAGUUUUCAACAUCUCGUCCAAUUUACUAACAGAUGACGUGUUUGACUGCCUGCCAACAUCACUGCAGUCACUCGACGUGAGUAACAAUGAGAUCCAAAACGUUGGCAAUAAAUUGAUGAAGUUUGAAAACCUGAAAGAGCUGUACUUGAGUAACAACAAGCUGAGCACCAUCCCAGUUCAGCUACCCCAGGCUCUGCCCUGGCUGAAGGUGCUGACGAUCGCCAGAAACAUAUUGUGGACAGUGGAGCCCUCUGUCCUGCACCGUCUGGGUAAUCUCACCCUGCUGGACAUGAAGGGAAACCCAUUCUAUUGCACGUGCAACAUCCGCCACUUUGUCACUUUCUGUGAGAAUUCUUCACCAUUGCGCAUUGAAGGAUGGCCAUCUGAAUAUCACUGCUCCAAUCCAGAGAAUGAAGUUGGUAAACAGCUGUCCUCGGUCUCCUUCCCCACACUCUACUGUGACACAACAAUGAAGAGCGUGAUAGCCUGUGUUACUACAUUCGUUUGCACCGCUCUCCUGGUCGGGCUCUGCUGGUACCUGGAUGCGCUUUGGUACGUGCGCAUGACGUGGGCUUGGCUCCAAGCCAAGCGGCGGAAUUUCCUCUCAGACCCAGACGGAAACAAAGACUACGAUGCGUUUGUGUCAUACAGCCAGCACGACGCUGCCUGGGUAAUGGAGCAGCUUUUGCCUGAGCUGGAGUCGCACUCAGUACCACCGUUCCGACUCUGCGUGCACGAGCGGGACUUUGUUCCCGGCCGCCACAUCAUGGACAACAUCAUUGACUGCAUCGAGCAGAGCCGCAAGACUCUCUUUGUCAUCUCGCGGAGUUUCGUGGAGAGUGAGUGGUGCCACUACGAGCUGUACUUUGCGCAGCAGCGCCUCAUUGAGAGUCGAGACGACGCUCUGGUGCUCGUGCUGUUGGAGCCCAUCCCACGCGACUCGGUGCCCAGCCGCUUUUGCCGGCUGCGUCGACUCAUGGCGCGCAAAACCUACCUGGAGUGGCCUGCACACCGCGGGAAGCAGGCCCUCUUCUGGGCCAACCUGCGAGUCACGCUUGGCCGACAGAAACAACAGGAACCCAACAACGAUGCCAUUGCUUCGGCACCUCUAUAAAAAUCCGCCUGCAAAUUACAUUGCUGAUCCUAUUAUGCACAGAAGUGUAGAAUAACUUUCCGUUUGAAAUGAUCUAUAUUGUAUUACGAUUGAGUAACUGGCGUUUUGAAACAUACAUCUUUAUUUCUUAAACUUACAAUUUCUUAAACUGACAAUUGCAAAGCCACGCCUCACAGUAGGGAAUUGGAAUUAACAUCAAGGGUAUUCACCCAACGUUCUUUGUAAACGUAACAUAUAGUAAGCCCUCGUUUAAUGCGGUAGUUGCAUUCUUGAAAAGUGGCGUGUGAAGCUAACAAUGCUUUAAGCGAUAACAAUUUCAGAGAGUAUGCUGCUGCCUCACAGUAUCAUUCCGCAAACUGUAUCGAACCGCACAGCCACGCAGUUCAAUAAAGUAGUUCGUCGUCGACGUUUUAAUGGGCGCCAUUAAUGUUAUAAUGGAUGUAUUGCACGAUAUAACGGGUAUGUUCUGUCUUAUAACGGUAUGUAUUCCGCAUUAUAACAGUGCACGUUCCACGUUAUAAUUCCGUGUUGUGUAAAAAGGGUUCCCUGAUGGAAGAACUGCAUUCCAGCGAAAACGCGUGGUGUGAACACGCUUUAAGUGAGGACUUACCGUACUGCCUCUGUUAAACUGUGUUCUUGAUUGUCUAGACUAAAUGUAAAAUAUGAUUUAAGAUUGUGUUUUUAUAUACGCUACAUUUGGGGAUAGUGUCAAAUAGAAUUGCUGCACAAUAUUGAACCAAGCAUCACGUUACUGCUAUUCCAUUGCGCUGACAUUUAUAAGCCCAAUAUGUUGCACAGGUUUAAUUUUCAUGAUAUUGAGCCUCUUUUGUAAAUAAAACAUGGGCAGAACAUUUA